GGUUUGGCACACAUCAUAGGGAUUUGAUCUGCUAUUAACUGUAAGGAAUUAUUUAACCCAAAAAUGAAAAAUCUGUCUUUGUUUUCUUCCAUUCAUACAUCAAGGCAGAGCAUUUUCAUACUGUUUUUCAAACUUUCUGUAUGAGACUGACAUCUAGUGGACUUGUUUAUUAUAUGACUGACACGCCUGUUUGCACACGUUUCAUAAACACAACCAGGAAAUACUUGAGUUCAGAGAAACUGAAACUGUUGGGCUGUUGUGUGUUUCGUUUUUCUUUCUGUGUGAACAUACAGUGAAAUGGCAGAAGCCAGUAUUUCAAUGGCUCAGGAUCAGUUCAUCUGUUCAAUCUGUCUGGAUUUACUGAAGGAUCCAGUGACCAUUCCCUGUGGACACAGUUACUGUAUGAGCUGUAUUACAAACUACUGGAAUCAAGACGAUCAGAAGAGAAACUACAGCUGCCCUCAAUGCAGACAGACCUUCAAUACAAGACCUGAUUUAAAUAAAAGCACCAUGCUGGCUGAAGUGGUGGAGAUACUGAAGAAGACAAAACUACAAGCUGCUCGUCCUGAUCACAGUUAUGCUGAAGAUGUGAAGUGUGACGUCUGUACUGAGAGAAAACACAAAGCUGUCAAGUCCUGUCUGGUGUGUCUGAACUCUUACUGUCAAACUCACUUUGAACAACAUGAGAAUUUAUUCAAAGGAAAGAGACACAAAGUGAUAGACGUCACUGGACGACUUCAGCAGAUGAUCUGCCCUCAACAUGAGAAACUUUUAGAGAUUUACUGUAAAACUGAUCAGCUCUGUAUAUGUUAUCUGUGUAUGGUGGAUGAACACAAUGAACAUAAAACUGUAUCAGCUGCAGCAGAGAGGACUGAGAAACAGAAAGAACUGAAGGAGACGCAGAGAAAAUAUCAUCAGAGAAUCCAGGAGAGUCAGAAGAAGCUUCAGGAGCUGAGAGAUGUUGUGGAGACUCAUAAGCGCUCUGCACAGACAGCAGUGGACGACACUGAGAGGAUCUUUACUCAACUGAUCACAUCCAUUGAGAGAAGACGAUCUGAGGUGACACAGCUGAUCAGAGAUCAGGAAAAGACUGCAGUGAGUGAAGCUGAAGGACUCUUGAAGCGACUGGAGCAGGAGAUUGAUGAUCUGAGGAGGAGAGACGCUGAGCUGGAGCAGCUUUCACACACAGAUGAUCACAUCCAUUUCCUCCAGAGUUUCCAGUCUCUCUCUGUUCCUCCUGGAUCUACAGACUCACUCAGCAUCACUGUCAGCUCUCUCAUCUCUUUUGAUGAUGUAGGAAAAUCUGUGUCUCAUCUGAGAGAGAAACUGGAGGAUUUCUGUAGAGAAGAGAUAGAGAAGAUAUUUGAUCAAAGUAAAGCACCUGAACCUGAGACCAGGGAGCAGUUCCUAAAAUAUUAUCAUCACUUCACUGCAGAUCCAAACACAGCACAUAAAUAUCUCCGUCUGUCUGAGGGGAACAAAGUGAUUACUGACACUUACACAGUCCAGUAUCCUGAUCAUUCAGACCGAUUUGAUGGUUAUCCUCAGGUGUUGUGUAGUGAGAGUUUGUGUGGACGCUGUUACUGGGAGAUUGAGUGGAGAGGUCGAGUGUUUAUAUCAGUGUCAUAUAAGAGCAUCAGCAGGAAGGGAGGUAAAGAGUCUUUGUUUGGAUUUAAUGAUCAGUCCUGGAGUUUGUGCUGCUGUGACUCCAGUUGUUCAUUCUGGCACAAUAAGAUUAAGACUGAACUCCCUGUAGUGUCCAGAUCUUCUAGAAUAGGAGUUUAUGUGGAUCACAGUUCAGGAUCUCUGUCCUUCUACAGCGUCUCUGACACAAUGACCCUCAUCCACAGAGUCAACACCACAUUCACUAAACCUCUCUAUCCUGGGUUUUAUGUUGUUUAUGGAUCAGUGAAACUGUGUGAUCUAACAAUAUAGAUGAUACAGAGAGUCUACAAAUAAUUUUGUCAUAUUAGAUGUAACUGUUGUCAUUCACUAAUUUUACAUACUGUAUUAUAAAUAUGCAUUUUGUUUUUAUAAUUUGUUUUGUAAUUAAUGUGUUUAUGUUUUCAGUUAUUUCCUCAAAUGCACUUUAAGUAAUGAGUUAAAAUGGUAGUUAAGUAAAAUGUUAUGUAUUGUAAAUUGAUUAAGUUCACUUCCGUUCGGCGGAAGUGACGAUCUUUCUAGUUGCCGCGAUGGACUGAUGAGCGGACGUUUGUGAUUGUCCGCGUGUAUUGCACUUUAAAGUUUAUUAUAUUGUAAAAGAUCUACAAGAAGAUCAUGCAGCUUUAAGGACUAUAAGACCUCUUUCGCAACCAAGCAGCCAACGAGGUAUUUGUGACAUAUUCAAUGUGUUUGUUAAGUUUAUUAUGAGAGAACUGUGUGAUCAUAUGCUGAUGUAUUGAUAAAAUACUCAUUUGCAGUUCUCACGGCGUGAACGCUACAAGUUUCAAGAAUAAACGCCCGU